AUGGCUGCUCCGCGAGAGAUUACCAUUGAAUGCCUCAACGGCCACUGGGUCCUGAACAAGGACCUAACCAGCGAGCCAGACCCGAUUCUAAAACUGCAAAAGGUAUCUUGGUUGCUCCGCAAGGCCUUCGGAUUGGCAACAAUAUACCUCCACAUCUCCCAAUACCAAACCCCAGCCUCUGAAACAACUGAACCAUCCACACACAUUGACUUCAACCAAACAGCCAGUGCAGGUCUGGCCCCGACCGAAGAGAAGCGCAUCUUGGAUUGGGAAAUAAGAGACCACCAGGACUACUUCUUCGGCGAGGUCAAAGCACAGUGUGAAUUAGUUCACGGCGCUGUUGAUGCAGAUGGAAUCGUGAGACCUGAAUUUGAGUUUCAGACGCCCAAUGUCAAUGCGCAGAUUAAGAAAUUCAUGCGAGGUGAGAUCGAGGUGGAUGGGGGUAAAUCCGGGGGUUUUAUAGUUGAGGAUUGGAGUGGAAUGGUGGAGGAAGGUCCUGGGCUUUGGGUACAUACCUUUGAACGGAAUGAUAAGUCUGGUUGGACGGCUGAGCAGAUUUGGGGGUUCGAGAUGCUUGGGGACUCGCGAUACUUCUCUCGUCGAGUGGUGGUCAUGACGACGAAGGGAAAAUAUCUAUGUGGGAGGAUUGUCUUUGAUUUUGUUAGUGCUUAA